AUGCCCAGGUAUCCCCCAAUCAAUAUAGUUGAUGGACUGAAGAUUUUCGGGCAGUGCUUUUUUAGGCUUGAUAAGCUCAAGGCUUUGGUCAAAACUAGCGUUGAAUUGAUGCCUAGAUAUUCUUCAAUCAAUCAUGUAGUUGAUGCAUUGAAGAUGGCCUGGAAGUGCUUGUUUAGGCCUCAUAAAGUUAAGGCCUUGGCCAACUGCUUUAUGCCCAGUUCAAUUAGUGUAGUUGAUGGACUCAGGGUUGCCUAUGGCGAUGAUUACUACAUUUGCAGAUUCCAGAUACCAGGUGAAAUAGAGGCUGAAGUAGCAGAAAUGGGAGUUGAGCAUUUCAUGAAGAAGAUAUUCACGUAUGGAACACCCGGUCCACUGAUUCUCCCCAAGGGUAAAGGCUUUGGCGACUCGCCUGAUACCCCGGUUUUCUUACCACCUUGGUUGACAGAAGAAGAUGUUGCAUAUUAUGUUAGUAAAUUUGAGAAGACAGGCUUCACUGGAGGUGUCAAUUACUACCGCGCUCUCGAUCUUACCUGGGAAGUGACUGUAGCCUGGAAUGGGGCUCAAGUAGAAGUACCAACCAAGUUCAUUGUUGGGGACCUGGAUUUGGUGUACCAUAUGCCUGGAAAUCAAGAUUAUAUACACAAAGGUGGGUUCGAAACUGAUGUGCCCAUGUUGGAGGAAGUCGUCGUGAUCAAAGAUGCAGCACAUUUCAUCAACCAGGAAGUACCUGACGAGAUUAGCAAACACAUAUACGACUUCAUUCGGCGAUACUGAGCUUCUGUUCUCGCGCUCCAUUUGUGAAUCCAUCCUUCUGAUGGAAUGUUAUUGGUAGUUGUUUUGUUUGCUUAUUAGGAUCUUUUGCACCCUUUUUCUUUCUUCAGUAAAGUGGGACACUCUGUAGAUAUUAUGCUACUAAAAUGAUGAAUAAAGGCC